CGUGCAGUCCGUCGCGUCUUUAUCCCUUCCACGAGUAGUUCCACGGUCGGCCGAGCGGAAAGUCACCCUCGGCGGCUACCGGUCGCGCGUACCCCGGCAUAUACAUAUACUCAACCGCUCCGAACUCCGAAGUUAUCAACGGGCAAUUCGUGCGGGGCGACGUGCGACGAGGCGCAGAUCGCGGAGCGUGCUGCGAUCGCUCCGUAUUUGAAUUCGAGAACACUUGUCAUCGAAAAUUUCGUGGAAUCCCGCGGUGGCGGUGGCGGUGGUGGCGGUGGUGAAAGUAACCGGCGACGGGGAGUUCUUUCGAAAAACUCGGCGGGACUGACGAGUCGAUCGUCGGCCCAGUCGGCCGCGAAAACAUUGUCGGCCCGGAUGAUCUAGAAGGUGCCAAUCGCGCGCUUCGCAACAAGUUGCAGGAGAGUGUGCUCCUUUUUCUUACCGAAUUUCCUCGCCUCCCCGUCUAUCUCUCUCUCUCUCUCUCUUUUCUUUUACGCGAGUGUGUGCGUGCUUUUCGUGUGUGUUCGUGAUCGAGAGGAUUAACACGGUGAUGGUCCUGCGUGAAGCUGCGAGGCAACGUUCUCGACGAUGGUAAUCGGACCUUCGAGCGUGAAACGGACUGUCGUGACGGGCGAUCGCAUUCGGAGGGAAUGUCGUGUGCUGUGAUUAUUAUCUCCAAGGAUCUUCUACACGGUUUGACGAGGAAAAAUCAGCUAGCGAAUAAGAAGAAUUUGUGGAGGGAAAGUUCGACGAUGAGAAUUUGAGUCGCGGAAAGUGCUUCCAAGAGUGCCUGGGUCCUGGUUCGCGAUUCUCGUCGAGGGGGCAGAAGACGACGGGUGUUGUAAAAAGGAAGCGAAGAGCGGGGCAAGUGUGUCGCUGACACGAGUUGACGCGACGCGACGUGACGUGACGUGACGUGACGUGACGUCGGGGCGUCGAGAUGCUUCGAGAUGAGAUGGCCACCUCCCUUGGAUCUCUCGCGUCACUUCUCACGCUUCUACUCUACGCUUGCAGCAGCUGCCAUGCCAGAAUAACCAAUCAGGAAAUCGUGACAAUGACAGAUGCGGAAGCAGUGGCAGGCGGAAUUGCUCAGCUACCAUGCGACGUGAAACCACCGCUCUCGGGGGACAAGCUGCACCUAGUUAUUUGGUAUAAGGAGGAGGCAGAUGCACCGAUAUACAGCUUCGACACGAGAGGGAGGGACAGCCCGGAUCAAGGCAAUCACUGGCAGGAUCACAGCCUAGAAGGACGCGCGUUCUUUAAGCACUCCGAAAGCCCCGCGAAACUUAUUCUGGAGAAGGUCCGGGAGAGCGACGCAGCUGUUUACAGAUGCAGAGUCGACUUCAAGCAGUCGCCGACGCGCAACAGCAAAGUCAAUCUAACGGUCAUCAUACCGCCGGAGCAGCUUAGCAUAUUGGACGAAGAUGGAAGGUCUCAUAUUCCUCAUUACAUCCUUGGCCCGUACAGCGAAGGAGCGUCUCUCAAUAUCACAUGUGUCGCCGCCGGUGGGCGACCGCAACCACGAGUGACAUGGUGGCAGGGAACUGCUCUACUGGACAAUAGCUACGAGACCGUGGAUGCUAAAAGGGUCCGGAACGUGCUGCAAUUGGAAAAGUUAGGCCGCGAACAUUUGCGUGCGUUUCUGACCUGCCAAGCCACGAACAACAACAUGGUGACACCGAUAUCAAGUUCGGUGUCACUUGAUAUGAACUUGAAACCGCUCUGGGUCCAGAUUCAAGGAGAGAACCGUCCACUUAGCGCCGGCAAGACCUACGAGAUAGGUUGCGAGGUUGUCGGAGCCAGACCGAGCCCGACGAUCACAUGGUCCAAAGGGAACAUGAUACUGCGAAAUGCACGGGAGACGACGAGUCCCGACGGCAACGUAACAACCAGCAUCCUCACAUUCGUGCCGAGUAUCGAAGACGCCGGAAAGUUUCUCUACUGUCGCGCCAGCGUACCAGAUAUUCCGGAUUCGGAGAUGGAGGAAGGAUGGAAGCUCAAUAUAUACCACGAGCCUGUGGUUACCCUCGAGCUUGGCAGCAAUUUGAAUUCGAGCGCUAUUCGGGAGGGUAUCGACGUUUACUUCGAGUGCAACAUCAAGUCCAAUCCCUGGGUUUACAAGGUUUCCUGGCGCCAUAACGGCAAUCCGCUGUAUCACAACACGGCGACCGGAACGAUAAUAAGUAAUCAGAGCCUGGUGCUGCAAAGUGUCACUCGCAGUAGAGCUGGGAUUUACACGUGCAUCGGCAAUAAUCAAGAGGGCGACGGCGAGAGCAAUCCACUGAACUUGGACAUAAAGUUCGUGCCAGUAUGCCAGCACGGCCAGACGAAGGUAUUUGGCGUGGCGCGACAGGAGACCGCGAGGAUCCCCUGCGAGCUAGAGGCGAACCCGUCGGAAGUAUCGUUCACCUGGAAAUUCAAUAAUACAAUGGAGGCGGUGAACAUUCCUCAGGCGCACGUCACGAGCGACCGUACACGCUCGACAGCAUCCUACACACCGAUGACCGAGCUGGACUAUGGCACUCUCCUUUGCUGGGGCAGCAAUGACCAGGGCACUCAGCUCGAGCCGUGCGUCUACCAUAUCGUGCCAGCUGGCCGCCCGGACAUGCCGCACAACUGCUCCUUGUUAAAUCAAACCACCGACUCGAUCUACGUGGAAUGCAUCGAGGGCUUUGACGGCGGCCUGCCGCAAAAGUUCACGAUGCAGGUGGACCGCGAGGCCGGGUCCGGCAAGAGCGGCGGCCCCACCACCAUCUACAAUCAGACGAGCAAGGUGCCCGUCUUCUCCGUCAGCAAUCUGGACCCCGGCAGCAACUACGAGGUUUCCAUUUACUCGACUAACGCCAAAGGUCGCAGCGAGACCGUGCAUUUUCGCGCCACCACCCUGAAUCUCCCUGAGAGGCGAACAGCAGGUGAGAGGCUGGCGCAACCACCCUCGCCGGAGAAUUGCACGAUCCGCGAGGAGAGCCGGACGACCGUGCGGGUGAGCUGCGCCGAGAGCGAGUACUUCGACGCGAACACGGCCACCUACGUCCUGCAGGUCUUCGACGCCGACACCAGACGGCUGCUGGCGUCCGCAACGAGCCUGACGCCGAGCAUGCUCGAGGUGACCAAUCUGCCGGCCGAGAGGAGCUCGUCCGGCCUCAUGCUGUCCCUCAGGAUCAUGACGGCGCACGCCAUGAGCGACGCCACGGUCCUCCACAGUCCGCACUUUGUUCAGGAGGGUAAUACCAAUAAGGAGCACCACCGUUACCCAGCCCUCACGCCAGUUAUGCUGUCGCUGUCUGGUCCGCUAUUGGGCGCGGUGGUAGGAGCCACGGCGGGGCUGCUCCUAGUGAUCUUCGUGAUCGUGCUGGCUGUCAAACUCCGCUAUCGACCUCGAUCUCAGGAGGACUCUCAUGACGACGGCGGCAUGGCGAACCUGGCGGCGUCGGGGACCGGCACCUCGUCCCCCCAUGACAAAUCGUCGACCUUGCCCCUCAGUGCCGAUAGCAUCGAGAGCUUUGAGAAGAAUCCCGAUAUAAUACCACACGCGAACGAGAAUUCAUAUGCAGAGCUAUGCAAGAGUGCAUCACCGCGAUACGUACUGCAACAGCAACGUCCGGAAACAAAUACCUUCACACCAGCAAACAACGGCACCGAGCUAACAUACGUCGAAUUAGCGCUAAGGGGAAACCGACGAAUACCUCCGAAUUGCUACCAGCCCGUGCAAAUCUCUAGCAUCCAACGGCCCCAGCUGCUGCCCAUGUCGACUUUGACGCGCAGACAGCCUAUCCAGGAGCCGACGAUUUACGCGCAAGUCGCCAGUCAUUCUAAACCGAUUUACGUGCCACCGCCACACCCGUACAUGAAUCGUUCCAGCGACGAAACUACGGCGGAGACACCGUUGAUCGGACACGACAAUAAGAUCACUACGAUCAGCCAUUCGGGCAGCUCAAUCUGGCGCACCGACCCGCCGCCUUCCUCGAACGCGCCAACGACAUGAUUUCAGCAAGCUGCAUCGUAAUUCACGAUUCCAUUUCUCUCCUAAACGUCUCUUAAUGUUCUCCCCUCCCUUCUCCCUCCUCCCCCCCUCCGCCCCCCUCGAGAAAGAAAAAAAAAUAAAAGUACACAUCGAUCCACGUACGCGUAACGCGUUAAGUGAGGAGGUUCUUCGAAGGAGGCGCCGCGACCCCCCGCCCCCCACCGGUAGAGAUUGUUAGACCUUUACUACGAGUGUUAUAAAUAGAGGAUUCGUUCGACGAUGAAAGUAAUUAAUGAAAUCGCGCGGAGUAUAUAUAUAUAAUAUAUAUAUACACAUAUAGAUUAUGCGCUUUACCGAAUGAUUUGUGAUAGUGGUUGGUUGGAGCCGGGAAAAGGGAUUGAACUGUUUUUCAACCGUCCGUAAAACUCGAGGCGGAGCGAACGCGCUAUUUUGAUCCCGAGGCAGAGCGUACGUUCACCGUUCCGUUCCGUCGACCGAUCGAGAAUUCGUUGUUCGAUGAAUGUUAUCGGAGAGUUGGCAAUAAUUACGUGUAAAAAAAAAAAUGCGCCGUUGUUCCGCGCGGCGCGGAGAACGGUGAGUUCCUCUGCAGUUUUUAACUCAUAUCUACAAUAUUCGCGAAUAUCACUUAUUUGAUUUUUCCCGCAGAAAAAGUCGACCCAAAAUCGAUUUAAAAAAUUUACGACAGAAAUUUUUAAAACAUUCUCUGCAAUAAAAAGAAGUUAUAUUCUCUUUCUCGUCUUUUCUCUAAAUAAUUAUCUAAUAAUAAUAAUCUAAUGCAGAAGUUAUUUCCAGAGCUUAUUAUCGUAAAUAUAAAUUUAGCUAGUAACGUUUAUAAUUGAACUCUAAAAGCGUUACAAUACUAAUUUUUAUUAUUUAUCGAUAUUGUAAACGAUAUUGAGAUAUGCCAAUAUGUCUACUCAAGUUACGUGAAAAAACGAAUUUUGGUUGUUGGAAAUGUUUGAUACGUUGAUUUUGACGAGUACUCCUAGAUACGAGUUAAAAAUCUAAAUAGCACUUCGUCCGCCUCUGCGUGUAAAUCAAACAACGCCGGUGGAAAUAGAUGGCGAACGCAACGAUUUAGUGUGAUUAGUAGGAUAAAGUUAGUCGCGCGAUUGUCUAUUGUUUUGAUGAUGUAAUCCAGCGUCUUCUGUACCGUCCUACGAAUUUUCGUUUGAUAUUAUUUUCGAGUGGGUUCAUUUAUAUGUAUAUGCUAUUAAAAUUUUAAUUGUUGAAAAAUUCUAAUUCUAGAUGUCCUAAUCAUUAUUUUACUAUCAUUGAACUGCAGUAUGUAGUACUUUCAAUUAAACAAUUUAUAGAUUUUUAAAUAAGAUAAAAAAUAUUU